CCGACGCACAUGCUCAGCUGUUCCAUCAUUUAACCACCAAAAUCAUGGACAACGAACACGGAUCUGAGUUGGGCACCCAGGAGUACUGGGAGUCCAGCUACAAUCGUGAGAUUCGAAACUACAAGAACCACGGGGAUGUGGGCGAGAUCUGGUUCGACGAGGACUCCCAAACCCGGGUGAUUGACUGGCUGCUGAAGCAGGAGGAGAUCGGAAAACAGUCGCGAGUACUGGAUUUGGGCUGCGGCAAUGGCAUGUUCCUGGUGGCUCUGGCCAAUGAAGGAUUCGACCAGCUGACCGGCGUGGACUACUCCCCCAAAGCCGUCGAGUUGGCCCAGAAUAUUGCGGCGGACAACAGGCUAAGCAUCAGCUACCAGGUGGCGGAUCUAACCCAGCAGCAGGAUGCUCUUGGUCAGUUCGAUGUGGUCCACGACAAGGGAACCUAUGAUGCUGUUAGCCUUUGUCCAGAAAAUCCCAAGGAGAAGCGUGCUCUUUACCUGGACACGGUGGAGAAGUUGCUGCGAACUGCAGACAGUCUGUUUGUCAUCACUUCCUGCAACUGGACGGAGGAGGAGCUGGAGACGAGCUUCGCCGGGAAGUUUGCCAAGCACCACACCAUUCCCACGCCGACAUUCAAGUUUGGUGGUAAAGUGGGCAACGUGGUUACCUCCGUUGUAUUUAAGAAAGUUAAAUAAAGAAUAUUGGAGAAUUUGUACU